GCGGGAGCCGGACCUUCAGACUCAGCCCUUGCAGGCUGUCCUUCACCUGUCAGAUGCGCCUGAGGCUGGAAAAGCCGGCCCCCUGCGCAGGAUUGUACAGACGGUGACGAGCCGGGACGACAGCUCAAGCAGGACCCACCAAACCUUCCCGUCCCCAACCCCCCAUCCUUCAGUUCCUUAUAUCCUCGAAAUAAGCACUUAAUCUGUACCCCUCCCACUCCCUUCCACCUUGCCACCUUGGCUGGCUUCCAGAUUCUUUUCCCCCCUCCUUAAAAGACCCUGAGAGAUGGGGCUCCAGUCAAGUGCCAAUUUACGCCCAUUGUUUGGAUCUGGGCAUUAAAUUACAGCUUCCCUCAUACAGGUAUUGACUCAUAACAGCUCCGCUAGGCAGAGGAUGACACUUGGGGUGGUCAGGGCAGUGACUGAGGGAAGUGCUGGGGGGCUGUAAGAGCCAGAAGGAGGCUUCUAACUCAGAUUGGAAGUCAAGGAGGGCUUCCUGGAGGAGGUGACACCUGAGCCUAGCCCCAGCAGAGAAGGGUGGGGCCAGGGGUUCUUAAGUAUGGAGAAGUUCAGGCUCCAUCUGAAUCCCCAAGCCCCAGAGACCUUUCUAAGCCUGGUACCUUAGACUCUGAAGUUCCCUAGGGAGGGGGCCUGGACUCCUGGGUCCUAACUACAGGGACCUUUGAGGCUGGAAACAAUGGAUUCUCAGAGGCCCUUCCAGCUCAAGGAGGAACUAACAGCCAAGGAGAACGUGUGGGCAAGAGACAAAGGUGAGGUUCUCUGUCUUGGCCUUGGGCAGAACCCCCAGAUCCUUUCCUCUCUGAGGCUCCACCCCCUGGGUCUUCCUAGGCCUCCUGCUCUUCCUCUUCCACAAAUUCUCCCUGGGGAAUGCUGUCCAUCCCUUGGCUUGUAACCACCACCAAGUCUUGAGCCAUUCAUUUACCAAGUGUUUACUGAGCACGUGCUGUCCUAGGCUCCAUGCCAGGUGCUGGGGAGACCAUAGGGAACAUGUUCCUUGGCCUCACAGUCUAGUAGGGGAGACAGAGGAAAAACAAACACACAGUGACAAGCGUGAUGAGGUAAUGGGGACUUCCUUGAUGGCCUAGGUAAAGCUGGCCCUUCCCUCUAGUUUCCACCCACAGCACCUCCCUAGUCCCUCACUUAUCACUAUUGCAAAUAGGUGUUUGUUUGUUGCUUGUUUAUUUCUGAAAUGAAGGCAAGCUCCUGGGAGUUUGUUUGUCAGAUGACAUGUUUGUUUUGCUGACCGUUAUCUGUCCAGUGUCUAGGAUGCUGUCUAGCAUGUGGUAAGUGCUCCAUAAAUGCUUGCUAAUGAAGGAAGGAAUGAGGAAGGAAGGAAAGGAGCGAAGGCUAGAAGGAAAAAAUAGAGAACUAAGUUAGUGAAGGUGGGGAAGGGAGUACUUGAACCAGACUGUCAGAGAAGGCCUCUGUGAAUAUCUACAUUGAGACUUUGAAGGUUGAGGAAAGAGCCAGCCAGGCAAAGAGACUGAGGAGAGCAUCCCAGGCAGAGGAAACAGCGAAUGCAAAGGCCAGGCGGUAGGAAAGAGCUUGGCAUAUUGGAAGAAAGAAAAGAAGGCCAGUGUGGUUGAUUAGAGCGAGCAAGGGAGAGAGUAGUUGGAGAUGAGGUCAAAGAGGAACUAGGUGCCACAUCACGAAGGGCUUUGCAGGCCCCCGUGAGGGCACAUAGAUUUGAUUUUAAGUGCCCAUAACCCCAACGUGUCCUCUGAUGCUUGCCCCUGGAUUUCUCCCAGGCCCUUCAAAUUCAUCACCCACUGAAGCAGACACUGUGGGUGCCCUGCCCGUAUCCACCUGGCCCAUCUGGGAAGUCGUAUGCAGACACUUCCCAGACACCCAGUCUCCCCAGCUGCUCCCUGAGUUUCUGUCUAAGGGUGCUCUCUGGAGGAGGGCCUGGGGUGGGUGGGGGAGGUUCUGUAACCUCCAGCCAGUUAGAGACAGGGAUUGGUGAAUGAAUACCCCAGCUUUCUGGCCCCUUGGGGGUCAGUUCUGAGGUGAGUUCUCCACAGUGUCUCAGAGGGUCCCCACUGGGAUUGUCACAGUGAUAACCUUUCGAUCCACACGUGAUUUAUUGGCUUUUCUCCUUUCUUUGUCUCUCUUCCCCAUUCCUUACUGGGAUUGGCUCCCCGAUACAGUCCUUGCACCCCAAUUCUCAUCGUAGAGUCUGCUUUUGAAGGGACCAAAUGAAGGCAUUCCUUAAAUAACUCAUCACAUUCCCCUAAAAUAUCAUUCUCCGUUCCCCAUCUCCAGCAUGAACCCAGUUCCCAUAAUCAGACAUCCAAGUCCGGUCAGUUCUAGAAAGGCAGAGGUAUAGAUAUUUAUCCAGCCCCUCCCUUCUUGCAUCCAGCCCUGUGCUGAGCAAUGGGACUCCAGGGACGAAUCAGAUCAUUUCCUGCUCUUGGGGAGUCUUUGGUCAACUGGGGAGACAGACCUGGACCGAGGCAAGGUCCAUGCCAUGUGCUCAGAACUGUGUCAGGAAAGUCCAAGAAGUUUUUCCCAAAGAGAUGCCAUGGGCUGGGCACUAAAGGCUGAGCAGGAGCUGACCAUUUGAGAGGCAGGGAGGCAUUCUAGGAAAAAAACACAGCUCACACAAAAGUUUGGGGGUAUGAGAAUACAGGGGCUGGGUUGGGCAAGGGAAUGGGAAGGAAAUAUGAUUUCACUCUGGGUUUGGUAUGGAGGAGCAAGGCGAAGGGUGGGCAGGGGUCGGGCCGUCAGGCUGAGAAGCUGCUGCCUCCUCCCGGGUGUGGUGGGGAGCUAUGGAGGCUUCCUAAGCAGGGGAGUGACACUGUCAGAUUUGGGUUUGAAAAUGAUUCCUCUGGAUUAGUCAGAAUCAGGGGGCUGGCUCAGCCGGGAUCCCUAGGUCAAAGCUGAAGGGUAGGCAUUUUUAGCAGGUGAAAGAAGUGAUUUUGAGCCUGGAGCUCUGGGGAAGGGGCGGGGGCUAAGGCCCAGGAAGGGGAGUGCUCUUGAAUUUGAAAGUGUCCAGCUCCCGCAGGACAAGCCUGCAGCCUCGAUGAGAACUGAUUCAGCUAAACAAAGCCAGGGAGGGGGGACUUGUCGGCUCAUUGCCCCGGGGGUAACCAUUAAUCCUUCCCCAGGGGGAAUCCAGGGGCUGGUGCCCUGAGGGGCAGAUCCUGGGCAGAAUGGAGGAACACACAGAGGCAGGCUCAGCACCAGGGCUGGGGGAACAGAGGGCCCUAAUUGACAAUCCUGCCGACAUCCUGGUCAUUGCGGCUUAUUUCCUGCUGGUCAUUGGUGUCGGCUUGUGGUCCAUGUGCAGAACCAACAGAGGCACCGUUGGCGGCUACUUCCUGGCGGGGCGAAGCAUGGCGUGGUGGCCGGUCGGGGCCUCUCUCUUCGCCAGCAACAUCGGCAGCGGCCACUUCGUGGGCCUGGCAGGGACGGGCGCGGCAAGCGGCCUGGCUGUGGCUGGAUUUGAGUGGAAUGCGCUGUUCGUGGUGCUGCUACUUGGCUGGCUCUUCGUGCCCGUGUACCUGACCGCGGGCGUCAUUACGAUGCCGCAGUACCUGCGCAAGCGCUUUGGUGGCCGUCGAAUCCGCCUCUACUUGUCCGUGCUCUCGCUUUUUCUGUACAUCUUCACCAAGAUUUCGGUGGACAUGUUCUCCGGGGCGGUAUUCAUUCAACAGGCUCUGGGCUGGAACAUCUAUGCCUCCGUCAUCGCGCUUCUGGUCAUCACCAUGAUCUACACUGUGACAGGAGGGCUGGCAGCGCUGAUGUACACGGAUACGGUGCAGACCUUCGUCAUUCUCGCGGGGGCCUUCGUCCUCAUGGGUUACGCCUUCCACGAGGUGGGCGGGUAUUCGGGGCUUUUCGACAAAUACCUGGGGGCAAUGACGUCCCUGACGGUGUCCGAGGAUCCGGCGGUGGGCAACAUCUCCAGCUCCUGCUAUCGACCCCGGCCCGACUCCUACCAUCUGCUCCGGGACCCUGUGACGGGGGACCUGCCGUGGCCUGCGCUGCUUCUGGGGCUUACCAUUGUCUCAAGCUGGUACUGGUGCAGCGACCAGGUCAUAGUGCAGCGCUGCCUGGCUGGGAAAAACCUGACCCACAUCAAGGCGGGCUGCAUCCUGUGCGGCUACUUGAAGCUGAUGCCCAUGUUCCUCAUGGUCAUGCCGGGCAUGAUCAGCCGGAUUCUUUACCCGGACGAGGUGGCGUGCGUGGUGCCAGAGGUGUGUAAGCGCGUGUGUGGCACCGAGGUGGGGUGCUCCAACAUCGCCUACCCGCGGCUCGUCGUGAAGCUCAUGCCCAACGGUGAGGGCGGGCCCCCGGGAUGCCCCACUGCCCACAGGCGCCAGUGGGAGGCGUCACCCCUCGCCCAGCUCGUACCCUCCCGGGACCCCCUCGUGGCCCCAGGCUCACGGCUCCGUCGGCCCGCAGGUCUGCGCGGACUCAUGCUGGCGGUCAUGCUGGCCGCGCUCAUGUCCUCGCUGGCCUCGAUCUUUAACAGCAGCAGCACGCUUUUCACCAUGGACAUCUACACGCGCCUGCGGCCCCGCGCGGGCGACCGCGAGUUGCUGCUAGUAGGACGGCUCUGGGUGGUGUUCAUCGUGGCCGUGUCGGUGGCCUGGCUUCCCGUGGUGCAGGCGGCGCAGGGCGGGCAGCUCUUUGAUUACAUCCAGUCGGUCUCCAGCUACCUGGCGCCGCCGGUGUCGGCCGUCUUCGUGCUGGCGCUCUUCGUGCCCCGCGUCAACGAGAAGGUGAGUGUGUGUGUUCAUUGGGAGCUCGGGGCAAACCCGAGGCUGAUGCGCUCUCUGGCCCCGCAGGGCGCCUUCUGGGGACUGAUCGGGGGCCUGCUGAUGGGUCUGGCACGCCUGGUUCCCGAGUUCUCCUUUGGCUCGGGCAGCUGCGUGCGCCCCUCGGCGUGCCCCGCGCUCCUCUGCCGCGUGCACUACCUCUACUUCGCCAUCGUGCUCUUCGUCUGCUCCGGCCUCCUCACCCUCGUGGUCUCGCUGUGCACACCGCCCAUCCCGCGCAAGCACCUCCACCGCCUGGUUUUCAGUCUCCGGUACAGCAAGGAGGAGCGGGAGGACCUGGAUGCUGAGGACCUAGAAGGUCCAACCUCAGCCCCUGUACAGAACGGGCGCCCUGAGCACGCGGUGGAGAUGGAGGGUAAGGCACUGCCCGGGGAGUUGGGCUGGCGGAGCUCGGGGAGCUGACUAACUGUAGGGCCGCA